CUCAGGCGGGGCCAUGGCCGCGGGCGGGCGGGCGAGCGAGCCGCCGGCCGAGCUCAGCCACUACGUGGUGGCGCGGCCCAUCUACAGCGAGCCCGGCUUCCAGGAGGAGAACGAGCGGCGGCCGCCGCUGCCGCCCACUCUCCGCGAGCGGGCGCAGGCGGCCUGCAGAUGUUCAAGGAAACGGGCCUUUCAGCUUGCCAAGUCCUUUCUGCCCAUCCUGGAGUGGCUGCCCAACUACCGGGUGAAAGAGUGGCUGAUCAGCGACAUCAUCUCGGGGCUGAGCACCGGCCUCGUUGCCACCCUGCAAGGUUUGGCAUAUGCUUUGCUGGUUGCAGUCCCUGUUGGAUAUGGUCUCUAUUCUGCUUUUUUCCCCAUCCUGACAUACUUUUUCCUGGGAACAUCAAGGCACAUCUCAGUUGGUCCAUUCCCAGUAGUCAGUUUGAUGGUGGGAUCUGUUGUAUUGAGCAUGGCCCCUGAUGAGAAUUUUCUCAUAGAAGGCAGUAAUACUACAGGGACUAAUGUCACAGGGGCACUGAUAGACACUGAAUCCAGAGAUGCACAGAGAGUGCUGAUUGCAAGUACUCUCACAUUCCUGGUUGGAAUUUUACAGGUUAUAUUUGGAGUUCUCCAGAUUGGUUUCAUUGUGAGGUACCUUGCAGAUCCAUUAGUUGGGGGAUUCACAACUGCGGCUGCUUUUCAAGUGCUUGUGUCACAACUGAAAAUAGUUCUGAAUGUUUCAACUAAAAAUUAUAAUGGUGUCCUUUCCAUAAUAUAUACUCUUGUUGAAACAUUUGAAAAAAUUGGGACCACCAACAUUGCAGAUCUUAUUGCUGGACUCCUCACCAUUUUUGUCUGCAUGGUUGUUAAAGAAAUAAACGAUCGGUUCAAACACAAGAUACCUAUACCUAUACCAGUAGAAGUUAUUGUGACAAUAGUAGCCACUGGCAUUUCAUAUGCUACCGACUUGGAAAAAAAAUACAAUGCAGGCAUUGUUAAGAGCAUUCCAAGAGGAUUUUUGCCUCCCGAGCCUCCAAAUGUCAGCCUGUUUUCCCAGAUGAUUGCAGCCUCCUUUUCCAUUGCUAUUGUUGCUUAUGCUAUUGCCGUGUCUGUGGGGAAGGUGUAUGCAACCAAGUAUGACUAUGCUAUUGAUGGAAACCAGGAAUUCAUUGCCUUUGGGUUCAGCAACAUUUUUUCAGGUGCCUUUUCUUGUUUUGUUGCAACUACUGCUCUUUCACGGACUGCAGUCCAAGAAAGUACUGGUGGAAAGACUCAGGUUGCUGGUAUAAUCUCAGCUGGCAUCGUUUUGAUUUCUAUUGUUGCCCUGGGGAAAUUGCUAGAGCCCUUACAAAAGUCUGUGUUGGCAGCUGUUGUCAUAGCUAACUUGAAAGGGAUGUUCAUGCAAGUGUUUGAUGUUCCCCGUCUAUGGAGACAGAAUAAAGUGGAUGCUAUGAUCUGGGUUUUUACAUGUAUAGCAUCCAUCAUUCUGGGACUUGAUUUGGGAUUACUUGCUGGCCUUUUGUUUGGAUUGCUGACAGUUGUGCUGAGAGUUCAGUUUCCUUCAUGGGGAGGCUUUGGAAACAUUCCUGGCACAGACAUCUACAAGAAGGUCAAAGACUACAAAAAUGUUAUAGAACCAGAAGGUGUGAAGAUUCUCAAGUUUUCAAGUCCAAUUUUUUAUGCCAACAUUGAUGGACUGAAAAGCAGCCUCAAAUCCACUGUGGGAUUUGAUGCAGUCAAGGUAUAUAAUAAGAGACUCAAAGCACUGAGGAAAAUACAAAAGCUAAUCAAGAAGGGAAAAUUAAAAGCUACUAAGAAUGGCAUUAUCAGUGAGCCUGGUAUUAAUAAUGAAGCUUUUGAGACUGAUGAGGAACCUGAAGACAACCCGGAUCUUCAAGUUCCCACCAAAGAAGUAGAGAUCCAGGUGGACUGGAAUUCAGAACUCCCUGUCAAAGUAAACAUCCCCAAGGUGCCCAUCCACAGUCUCAUUCUUGAUUUUGGAGCAGUAACUUUCUUGGAUAUUGUAGCUGUGAGAUCAAUAAAAACGAUAAUUAAAGAGUUUGAGAGAAUUGAUGUGAGAGUAUACUUUGCUUCAUAUCAAGACAACCUUAUAUCUCAGCUGGAACGGGGUGCCUUCUUUGAUGACACUGUCAGAAAAGACAUAUUUUUCUUGACUGUCCAUGAUGCUGUGCUCUACAUACGGAAUCAAAUGACAUACAGUGACAACCAGGAUCCCAUAUUUGAGAAGAUUUCACUCAUGCAGGAGUCCAAAGAACCCAUAGAGUUCACAGAAGCCAGCCAGCCUGAUGAUGAACUUGAUGUUCAGGAAGAGGCCAUGCGCCGACUUGCUUCCUGAAGGACUGCUGGUACCAUCCUGCCUGUGAGCACACGGCAAUAUCCACACACCAGUACUACCCAGACCAGCAUUUUCUGCUAUUAAACCAAUCUUUGCACUUGAAGAAAACCCUGAUUGUUUGUCUGAAUGAUACAGAUCUCUACAACUCUCCAAAUUUUAGCUAGCAUUAUCCCAGAAAUAUUCUGGACCUUGAUUCUGCAAGCACUUUCUGCUAUGAUAUAUAUUAAUAAAAAAGAAAAUCAGAAGACUAUUGUGAAAGAUGUACUCAGUUUUGGGACUGAAAAGCUGCUCUGUGGUCUGCCCAGGAGAGUGGAAGAGACCAAAAUCUUUGGAUGGCAAGCUUUUUGUUCAAUAUUUCUACAAAGUCUAGUGAAAGGGCUGGAGUUCUUGCUGGCCAAGGCUUUGAAUUCUAGAACAUUAGUGUGAGAAUAUGUGCUGACAAGCCUUGAGAAAUGUACCAUGAUCAUUUUUUUCAAGCAAUUCCUUAAAUUGCUGCAGGUAGUUAGAUCACUGAAAGAGGUGACAGGUGAAACUGUCACAUGAACAGGAAACAGCACUGAACUACAGUAAUACUUUAAAUAGGAAAAGUUUCUAAAGACCCUUGGAUAUGGGUUCAUUUGUUCUGUAUUAGUCCCAUUGUAGCAAGUCUUGCACUACUGUUAAUGAUUGUCCCUUAAAUGAAGGACAGACAGAAGAUUAUUUUGGCUAGGUUACAUAAUCUUCAUCAAGAGGCGGAUCAUGACAUAAAUUAAGGAAAACCUUAGUCCCUGAGUACUUAAUGAAAUCUGUGAAACAGGCUGAUACUGAGUGUAAGCAAGAAAGUCAGAAUGUGACCUAGUAUUGAUAUUUGGGGUUCUUUUAAUGGAAUAUAGAUGUAUUUUUUGUUUAAUGAAUAGUUAUAUUUUUAUAGAGAUUUUUUCUUUUAAUAGUCUACAUCAAACUGCUGCUGUUCUUUUACAUAUGAAAGUUCAUAAUGCACAAGUGCAAUAAUUUACAAAAGAUUUGAAUAGCAAAACUUUAAUCCUAAACUAAUGUUCUUAGUUUUCAUGAAGAAGAAAUGUAUUUUGAUGGAAAAUGGACUGCCACCUUGAUUUUUUUAGCGUUGCAUUAUUUUUAAAAUGGGAAAAACCUCUGCAUUGUGAGGAAAUUGUUAAAAACUGAAUGUAAGAAAUGUCCAGGUAUAAAAUGCCUUUAAGUUUAACAAUGGUGAAAAUUACCUUCAGUAUAUUUAAUUCUUCUUACUUGAUUACAUGAGAGAAAUUUUCUCACAUACUGCACAGAUUUCUGCUGCAGGUAGCAAUGGAAAAGCUAAACACUAAAUAAAUUAUCCAAGUUAACUCUGUUAACAUCAGUGAAAAAAAAUCCUAUAAACUUCAGCCAAUGGCACCAAAUUAGAAUCCCUAUUCUCUUGUUACAGCACAGACUUCAGCCUUCACAACAGUGAAGUUUCUCAGUACAGACACUUGAGCUUAGGUGAUGUUGGUGCUCCAGUCCAAGCCAGCAAACAGCAGGAUUGUAUUCACAAUGGACAUGGGCCUUUUGUCCGUGGGAUGGGCAUCUCCACCAUCUGAGAAUGGAGCAAGAGUUCAAGAGGCAAAUCAGACCACUCUGCACCUGUUCAGAUGGAGCCAUUAAUUUCUAUUGGCACUAAUGCUUCAGCCCAGCCUGUGAUUUGACAAUUCAUGCUUUUAACCCCACCUGUCCUCCUUCUGUCUCCUUGCCAGCCUGUCACAGGAGGUUGGCACUUCUGGCCUGAAGACCCCAUCAGGCUGUGGCCCCAACUCCUAUUAACCUGACUGCUGGAACAUUUGCCAGUGCACAAGGCCAGUAACAUGUUUUUAGAAGCUGUACUGCUUCUCUGGAACAGAUACACAUUUUAAGUAAAAAGUAAAAUAAUCUACCUGGUAAGUGAGCUUUCAGCUAAUUGUUGCACGUCUACAGAAAAGAUGGUAAAAAAUUGUAGCAGUGAUUUUUUUUUUUUUUUCAAGGCAACAUCUGCAAUGUGAAGUUUGAGUACAGAUUCCUACUUAACAGAGAUGUCAUUACAUUAUUUUUUUAAAUUUCUCUAGUUCUUGUCUGGACAGGUAUUUAAAAAGCAAUUAAAUACUCAACAGUCUUCCAGUUCUUUUCCAAAUAUGACAUCUGAUCUGGGAUUAAUUGUGAUAAAAUAUGAUAAAAUGCACUUAUUCUUGGCCUGUGUAUUUCUUCCAGGCAUGGUUGGUCUUAAUUUAACAGGCACAAAAUAUUAAACUUUUCUCUGAAAAACAGCAUUUCUCUCAAAGCCUACAGUGGCAUAGAAGAGUAAGAGGUAGUAUGAAGAAUGCAUUCAAAUGCCUUUCUCAUUGGUUAUGUGCUUAAUUUUCUCUGUAUCCCUCAAAAUUAAGGAUACCAAAAUAAUGGAUUUUGCAAUGAAGCUAUAAUUCUCUACAGUUUUGUACUAAUUAAUGUAUCUUUAAGUAGUGUAACUGGAUGUGCUUAUCUUUUUCCAGCAGCAUGAAGAAGUGGUAUUUUUGUAUGCAUUUUGAGUAUUACUGUUCUGUCUUUGCAUGUCAGAUAUCAAAUUUGGAGAUGUAUUUUUUUUUUACACUUUUAAAAAGCUACAUUUGAAAAUUAUACCCAUAAACUAGAAAAUAAAGUUGUGCAUACUGAAAACGUG